AUGCACCGAGGAAUGAAUACUCUCGGCAACUCCUCGGGGAACAGCGUCCACGGUCGCCAACACCACCAACACCCGCAGCAGUUCUACUCUCCGGCGCAGCAGGGCAAUCCCAACUGGACAGCAACUACCCAGUUCGUAAAUCGCGCGAAACAAACGGCGCUGCAGCAGUGCGGCAACCACCAGCUGGCUGCGUUGUUUGCGUCGCCUCCCGGCGGCCAGGGCUGCAGAAGUGGGACCCCGGAGGGCUUCAUGCGACCCCCCUUUCCGGCUGCUCGCAUGGCACCCGGGCUGCAGCCGGCCCAACAGCAGCAGCCGAAAUUGGCCUGCCAGUGUUCCAUUUGUGGUGAGGGCGGAGGGAACCCGUUUCAGGGCGUCGGACCCUUCAACCAAGAACCGCAACAGCCGCGCGGUGGCGGCGUGAUGACGUUUACGUCGCAUCUGACCGGCCUGCCGAUUCCUGAACACCCUUCCGGGGUUUUCCCUUCGAUCGACUACGUCAUGGUGCCUCCGGGCGCUGGCUCAAACACAAGUGGCGGUGGAGGAGGAGGCGUAGGAGGAGGCGCGUACGGGUGCAACUGCUCGCAGUGCGCUGGGGGUGGCAGCGGUGGCGCUGCAGGGCCCGCCUUCACGCGGGGACCGCAGCAGUGUGGAUGGAAUGGACCGCAAGACAUCUGUGGAUUUCGCUGUGGUAACCAUGGCCAACAGAUGAAUGCCCUAUUUUAA